AUGGAUAAAUGGAAGGAUGUCUGUAGACCUACAUCGGAAGGAGGCCUUGGUUUACGGUGCAUGGAUGACACAGUUGAGGCUUAUAGUUAUAAACUUUGGUGGAGAUUCCGGGAGCAGAACUCCUUAUGGGUCCAACAGGGUUCAUCCCCAUUUGGAGAAGGAUGUUCAAGGCUGGGAUUAAGUGCCAAGGAGUUAUCAGAUGGAUGCUUGGAGAUGGCAAGGGAAGGAGCUCCAGAUUUUGCAAGAGUAGAGGAUUUCUGGUCUAAUUUUGGCUGGAUGGAGGAAGAGAUCUUUGACAUGCUGGAUGAAUGGGGAGUACCGAGGGAGGUUUGUGAGGAGAUUCUGCGUGUUCCAGCAAACUCAUGGGCUAAGGACAUUACCUGUUGGGCCCUGACUCCACAUGGCAACUUCACGGUGGCCUCAGCCUGGGAACUGAUAAGACACAGAGGAGAAAAACUGGAAGUAUAUGAUUUAAUCUGGGGCAAAGGCAUUAACCCCACAAUCUCAGUGUUCCUGUGGCGUCUUUUAGACAACCGAAUCCCAGUGGAUGCAAAAGUCCAAUGGAGAAGGGUCUCUCUUGCAUCUAAAUGGCGUUGUUGUUCGAGCUCUAAUGUGGAGACAAGAUUGCAUCUAUUUUUGAAUGGUGAAGCAACUGCUGCAGUGUGGAAACAUUUUGAGAGAUAG